GAGGCAGCUGCGGAACCCAGUAGAGAAGAGACCGAAACAGGAUGGCCGAGAGCAGAAGCACCUGGAACAUGGAAAACGAUCUACCCGUCUACUUGGCCCGGCCAGGUACGACUGCACAGACGCCUCGGCAAAAAUACGGUGGUAUGUUUGCUUCAGUGGAAGGCGCCUAUGAGAACAAGACAAUCGAUUUCGAUGCUUAUAGCGUAGGUAAGAAAGGCUCCCGCACCCCGCGCAGCGGCAGCCGCCACGACAUGCUUGACGACGCCGGUGGAGACAACUGCAGCGAAACGGCUAGCGACGUCAGUGAGAUCUCCGGCUCCGCAAUCAGUUCGCCCAGUGUUGAGAGAGACUACAAGGCUCCUGGUGUGGAGAUCCGGUGCCCUCUCGGGAGGGAGCUGCUCCAGCAAAUUUGCCCCAAAGAUAAUAAGGAUCAACUGCUCAUUACAGGUGGACGAAUUAUCAAUGAUGACCACUCCUUCUAUGCAGAUGUGUACCUGGAGGAUGGACUUAUAAAACAAAUAGGAGAAAAUUUGAUUGUUCCUGAUGGAGUGAAAACCAUUGAGGCUAAUGGACUAAUGCUUAUUCCUGGAGGUAUCGAUGUUAAUACAUGUCUACAGAAGCCCUGUCAAGGGAUGAUGGCUAUUGAUGAUUUCUGUCAAGGCACAAAGGCAGCUCUAGCAGGAGGCACUACCAUGAUCAUUGACCAUGUUCUUCCUGAAUCUAAUUCCAGUUUGUUAACAUCAUUUGAAAAGUGGCAUGAGACUGCAGAUGCCAAAUCCUGCUGUGAUUAUUCUCUCCAUAUGGAUAUCACCAAUUGGUAUGAUGGGAUUAGGGAAGACCUGGAUAUACUUGUACAAGAUAAAGGUGUUAAUUCCUUUCAAGUUUACAUGGUUUACAAACAUCUCUACCAGCUGACUGACAGCCAGCUUUAUGAAGCCUUUACUUUCCUGAAAAGUCUUGGAGCUGUAAUCAUGAUCCAUGCUGAAAAUGGUGAUUUGAUAGCUCAGGAGCAAAAACGUAUGCUGGAGAUGGGAAUCACUGGACCAGAAGGGCAUGCCUUGAGCAGACCUGAGGAGCUUGAAGCAGAAGCUGUUUUCCGGGCUAUUACCAUAGCUAGUCGAAUCAACUGUCCACUGUAUAUAACCAAGGUCAUGAGUAGGAGUGCAGCUGAUAUCAUUUCACUGGCUAGAAAGAAAGGUGCUCUUGUUUUGGGGGAACCAAUCACUGCCAGUCUGGGGACAAAUGGGACACAUUAUUGGAGCAAAAAUUGGGCGAAGGCUGCAGCAUUUGUAACUUCACCACCUCUGAGUCUGGAUCCUACAACACCUGAUCAUUUGACCUCACUUUUAGCAUGUGGUGACCUACAGGUGACAGGAAGCGCUCACUGUACCUACAGCACAGCGCAGAAGGCUGUUGGAAAAGACAACUUCACUCUGAUUCCAGAAGGAGUUAAUGGAAUUGAAGAGAGAAUGACUGUUGUCUGGGAUAAGUGUGUAUCUACAGGUAAAAUGGAUGAAAACCAGUUUGUUGCAGUUACAAGCACCAAUGCAGCCAAAAUCUUUAAUCUGUACCCACGAAAAGGAAGAAUUGCUGUGGGUUCUGAUGCUGAUAUUGUGAUCUGGGAUCCAGAGAAGGAGAAGACAAUCACUGCCAAAAGCCAUACAUCGGCUGUUGAAUAUAAUAUUUUUGAAGGCAUGGAAUGCCAUGGUGCUCCCCAUAUAGUCAUUAGCCAGGGGAAGAUUGUGUUUGAAGAUGGAAAUCUCUAUGUAAAUAAAGGAAUGGGACAUUUCAUUCCACGGAAUCCAUUCCCUGAAUACCUUUAUCAGAGAAUCAAACGUAGGAAUAAGGUAACAGAAUUCCAGGGAGUUUCCAGAGGAAUGUAUGAUGGUCCUGUCUAUGAAGUCCCAGCAACAACAAAAUACGCAACUCCUGUACCUUCCACAAAAUCUUCUCCUGCCAAAAAUCAGCCUCCACCAAUCAGGAACCUCCACCAGUCCAAUUUUAGCUUAUCAGGUGCUCAGAUAGAUGAUAACAACCCACGUCGUACUGGACAUCGCAUUGUCGCACCCCCUGGUGGCCGCUCCAAUAUUACUAGCCUUGGAUGA